UAGGUGGCGGUUUGAAUUUCUCUCACGAACGAAUCUGAUCGCGGGGGAAAUGCACGAAAUGCAUAUACUACGAGGUUUAUAUACCACAUUAGCACACGAAAAUCAUACGGAAGAACGAAGAACGUUCGACGAUGCCGACGAGGCUCGACUGCACACGGUUUACCUGUUGAUAAUCAAGCACGAAUUGGAGUGAGAGAACAGAGAUUCGCGGCGUGAUUUUGCGAGCGAUGCACCCACGGUGAAUUCCGCCCGAGGUAGGACGUACGUUUUCCACAUUGACGAGCAACAUUUUCAUACAGAACAGGCGCGUGCGAACGAUGAUGCGUUCCAAUUUCGCGUGUCGCGAAAAUUAGAAAACAAGCGCUGUCAUUGUUCUUGCAUGUUGGAGCGAUGUUUCUGACCUGUUCUCGUUCGUUCUGAGACUUUUCUACGCACGAUUCGAGGAAGAUUUCUCGCAGCACGACAAAUUCAGCGAUCUCUUUGAAGACGAUUCAUGAAAAUGUAAUGUAAUUUUUUUUGCACAAUUUUGUGAAAUUAAGUUGUCCCCGUAGUAUAUUUUUUUUGCGAAACGACGAUUGAGAUUUUUUCCAAGAGGAUGGCAAUUCGCAUCACAUUGGAAUGUGGACACACAUCACAAUUACGUAUGCGUACCACUCCUGAGGGAUAUACGCAUGAUUGGGAGGUUUUUGUGCGAGGAGUGGAUAAUGCAGAUAUACAUCAUUACAUUGAGAAAGUGGUAUUCAUUUUACAUGAUACAUUUCGGAACCCUAAAAGGGUGCUGAAAGAACCACCAUUUGUGGUAAAAGAAUCAGGCUAUGCAGGCUUUAUAAUACCUAUUGAAAUUUAUCUGAAAAAUAAGGAUGAACCCAAGAAGGUUUACAUACAGUAUGAUCUUGACCUGCAGCCAAGUGGUCCACCUAUUAAUAAUGCCAUACGUCAUACGGAAUUAAUCCGUAAUCCUUCUGAUGAGUUUAAGAAAAAGCUACUGAAAGGUGGAGGUAUCAUAGUAUCCAGUAGAGACGGUUCACUCGAAAAGAAUGAUACAAAAACACCUACAAUGGUUGGCAAACCAAAGUUAAAUGGCAGUGAAAGCAAGAAACAUCGCGUUACUGAAUCUAAAACUUCAAACUCGUUUCAAGAAUUAUUUGGUCCUCCUAUAAAGACAGCACCUAUAAAAAUAUCACCAGAAAACAAAAAAACAAGUCAAUCUGAUAAAAAUUUAGUUCCUAAACCUUUAACUACUAUUGAAAAAUCUGACAAAUUGGAUAAAACAAUUAAAACAAAGGAUAGUCCUCAUAAAGAUAAAAAGGAUAAGAUAGAUGAGAAAAAGGAUAAAAAAAUUAGAGACAGUUCUAAGGAUCGACUUAAAAAUAAAGAAAAAUCUAAGAGACCUGUUAGUCCGGGAAAUAAAAGUCAUACGAGUCCUGGGAACAAGAGAUCAACAUCACCUGUUACAAAAAAAUCAUUAAGUCCUCCUCCAUCAUCUACAAAACGAUCUUUGUCUCCUAAACCAAAAGAAAAAGAGGUGAAGAAAAUUGCAUUGGAAAAAGAGAAAGAUAAAAAAGAGACAGACAAGGCAAAAAAUAAUUCUAGAAGUGAUAUAGAUUCGUCCAAGUCUGAGAAAAAGAAAGAUAAGAAAAAACAUAAAGACGAUAGAGACAAAGAAAGGAAGGAUAAAUAUAAAGAAGCAGAAAAAGUUAAAGAUGUCAUCAAAACAAUUGAAAAAAAGCCUGAGAAAACGGAUAAAGCAGAAAAAUCAGACAAGGAAAAAUCUCAAGAAUACAAAUCGUCAAGAGAUGGCAGAAAAUCUCCAAAACCUGCGAAAGAAAACGAUAGAUUGAAAGACGAUAAGAUGAUAAAAGAGAAAUCAGAGAAAAGUGAGAAAUCUGAGAAAGUAAAGGAUGGCAAGAGUGAUAAGGAUAGACAAAAGCAUAAGCACAAGAAGAGAGAUAAAAAGGAUAAAAGAGAUAGCAAAGAUAGGGAGAAGAAGGAGAAACGUGAAAGAAGCAAAGAGGGAAAUGAGAAACAAAACAAUACGUCUUCUGCAGCGGUCGGGAAUACGUUGUCUCUUUUAACUGAAAUUCCAGAAAGGGAUAGCAGCGAUUCGGCGCCUUCCGUAGAUGACGAUUCAUUACUCGAAAGUAAACCGAUGCUUAGUGCCAAGAAAGAAACAGAACACACAAUAAUAUCCACUCCUGCAGAAACAGCAAAGCCACUGUCUCCUGGUAUAUCAGUAGAUAUGAAAAAGAAAAAAGCGAUCGUAGCAGAAAGGACAAAUCCAAAGGAAGCAGAGGGGGAAAGAGAAAAUCGAAAAAGAAAGAGAAGCAAAGAAGAUGAUGAGAUUCCAGCGAAACGUGAGAAAAGCAGAGGUCAUUCGACGUCUCCGCCUUUGGAACCAGUUUCAUCGAGUCAAUCUCCAGUCGCGAUGGACGUUGACUCCGUUCAUCAUCAAGAAAAGGAAUCAAAGAAAGAUUUUAGAAAAGAGAAGGACGAGCGUGUUGUUAAUUCGGUUGAUCAAGUGAUAAAUGACAAGAACAUAGAAGUCGAUGCUGAACAAGUGGCCCCAGAUUCCACAAACAGCACUGAUGCGGAGAUCAGUGAACCACCAGUGUUUUCAGAGGAUUAUGUUUCACAACUGAAGGAUUUGCAACAAAAGAUAAUGACGUUACAGGAUAACGACGAAUUGCAGAGAGUCGUGCAAGUAAUUGCGGAAACUGGUCAAUAUGAAAUCACUAAGAAGACAUUUGAUUUUGAUUUAUGUGCAUUGGAUCGUAGAACUGUACAACGUCUUCAAGAAUUUUUCUCUGCAUCGUGACCACCUGUAGUAUGAGGUAUGAUACAUUAAUUUAUAUAUGUAUGCAUUCUUGUAAGAUCACAUUAAAUAUCAUGAUUUUAUAACAAAAUUUUUAAUGACAAAAAAUAUAAAACUCCAGAAAAAUUAUUGAAUACAUUUCCUAAUUUACUAUUGCAUUAACUUAUACGAAUGAGAAAUAUCUCCAUUAAUGGGCUAAUAUACAUGUAGCUAAAACAACUUUUAUUAUAAUAAAUAUAAUGUAAAAUAGAUCAUUAAAUUUUUUCUUUCUUUUUUUUCUUCAAAAAAAUUGCUAUUGUGAAAAGUUUGGUUGACAGAAACUUUGCCUAUAAAACAACUGAUCUACAAUACAGUUUAAUGAAUAUAACUCACUGAUCAUAUAUAUUUAAAAUGUACGAUUUAUACAUUUUUUAUUUAAUAUUAAAGCUAUUAAAAUAAUUAACUUAAUCUUUCAAUUUUUUGUUCAAAUAUUAAAGCUUCUUUUAAUCUUAUUAAUAAUUAUUAACAUUCAAAUUUUUUAUGUAAAAUAACUCUAUCUUAUUCACAUAGCGAGCACAUAUAAGGAUAUAGAUGAAAAUUUUGCUAUUUACUGUUUGUAAUGUUUUUCUGGGGUACUUUUGAAAAGUGUCUUUAAAAUGCAUUUAUUAUAUAUAUUAUAGACAACAAAGUUGAUUUUAUAUAGCAUUGAAUCAUUGUUACACUGAUUUAGUGACAUAAGAGAAAUUAUUUAUAAGCAUAUAAACGUGUGAUUGCGUAAUGUCUGCUUUGUAACAUAGGCACGCGUUUUCCUUUUUCUUUUUUUAUAAGUAAACGCCUUACUAUUGGUUACUUUACUUAUUUAUACUGAGACUAUAUCAUAUUUAUUGAUACAUUUUAUAUGUACAGAACAUAUAGACUAAUGCUUAUGUUAAACAUAAAGGCACAGUAAGGAUUCAUGAUAAUUUUAUCGUAAUAUAGGCCGUAUUAUAUAUGUAUAAUAUAACGUACAUGAAAAAGAGUUACAUGAUAACUCGUGUGAUGCUGCGAUAUCUUAUAAGAUAUUACAUCUUAAGAAAUUCUUUUUAUCUCAACGUAAUAUUUUCUCUACUCAAAGAGAGUCAUACUAUUAUAUAUGUGUAAAAAAGGGAUACAUCAUAUUGAAAAAGCGUAUAUGCUGCUAAAUCAAUCUAGAUCUUUACACUAUUGAUAAUAAUUGAUCUGUAAUUCGUUUAAUUAUGAAUUCCGCAUCUCAAAAUUAAUAUAUAUUACAAAUAUAUAUGUAUAUAUAACACAUGUAUAUCAUUAACAUACACUCUAUCAAUCUAUUUUCUCUUUGAUUAUCAGUUCUUUCUUAGAUUUGAUUAAUUAAUUUUGUGCUCUAGAUAAGAUUGGCGUACGUAAUAAGACUGGCUUUCUUUUAUGACUUUCGCUUCUCUCUAAUACGCAAUCUGUCUGAUUUUUGCAGCAUUGGAAAUGUAGUACAACGAUGUAAUCCUGUAAUAAUAUUAGUCAUUUGUAUAGACCAGUCAUAAUGUUACGUGCAAUUGAUAUAUCAAAUAGUCUAAUGUUUUGAUAAUGUUAAAGAAAUAAUUAGAAAUAACAAAGAGUGUAUAAUAUAUAUGUGUGUGUAAUUUUCGCGGUGUAUUAUUCAUAAGAGUGUUAAACGGAGCGCUUGAAAUAUCAUGCGAUUCAUAUUUCAAGAAGCAUGUCGUUGUCUUGUCGAUCGAAGAAUCAAAUGUGUGUACGCAUGCCUAUCAGAUGAUGAAUACUCAAUGUUAUGUCGUAUGUUCGGCAUACAUUGUCAUUCACACAGAUAAAUGAAUGAAUGAUCCUUUCAAGUGCCCCAUCUUUGAAUUAUUCUUUUUUUAUUUUUUAUUUUCUCAUUUUUUUCAUGCGAAUAUUUGUAUGAAAAUUUAUUUGGAAUAUUUCUAUUACUAUCGUACUAUAUACUAUUUGUUUAAUGAUAAAUAUUGAUAUGCAUAAAAGACUUUUGAUAAGCUUUCAAUUUAAAGACUGUCAGAAAAUAUCAGCAUUUUGAGUUUUUUUUUCGAAAACGUUAAUGUUUAUGCAAACAAGCACAUUUCAAUGUUUUAAAAAUAAUUCUGUAUAAAUUAUUUGAAAACAAUAUCAUCAUUACUUGAGAGAUUUUAUUGCGAAAUGUCAAGAUGAAAUUGAUUACAUACAUACAGGGUGUUCUAUUUUAAUUAAUAUAGUUGAAUAUUUAUGAAACUAUGGCUGUGUACGUUGUGAGAAAAUAUUUCAUAUAAAAGUUUAAAAGUUUUGUCGAGAGAAAAAAGGUUGGAUUUUGUAUUUAUUAAUUAAAAUCAUUUGAAGAUUAAAUUAGUUUUUUUUUAAAUAAAAUUAUCCAAAUUUUUAUAUUUUAUUUAACUACCUUAUGUUCAGCAAUAUUCGAUUAUAUUAAUUAAAAUGAGACACCUUGUACAUAUGUAAGUCAUACGUUUAUAAAUUGAAAUGGAUGCGGCUUUGCCAUAUUGCCUGCUAAUAUAUAAAUUAGCUAAUAUAUAAAUUAGAGAACGCACAUAUUUAUUAUUAUAACAGAUUAUAUGAUGCAAAACAUUACAGUUUAAUCAGUGACUGUUGUAUUUCGAUUUGAAUUUGCUCUUUUUUUUUUCAACACCAUUUUUAAUCCUUGCUUAAUUGGCGUUAAAAAAUAUAUAUAAAGAAUUUUUUACAUAUUUUAAUGAACGUAUUAAUCGCGUAUAUUAUCUAUGGCAAUGCAUCAAAGCGCUUUCUUGGUGUAAUCAAAUGAUGACAAGAUAUUUUUUACGUCAAUCAUAAAAAAAAAUAGAUGAAAUAAUAAGAUUAGAUGUAGUUUUUAGACGUCUUU